UUUUUGUUCUUUUUCCCCCCUCAAAUUCCUGUUCUCCAAAAGCAUUUGAAUCAGGGCCUGACCUCUCCUCCCAUUAUGGUCAUUUAGCGCUGCUUGCUAUUGCACUCCAGACAGACUGUCUUUAAGUAUUAAUGACUUCAUCAGCAGUUCUUUUAAAUUACCCAUUAAGAUGCAGUUUUGUCCGAUCCUUUACUGCUGGGUCUGCUUCCUCUCACCAACAGCUACAGAUCUCACCAUGUGAGAAGGAACAAAACCUGACGUCUCUUAGGGAGACGAAGGCUUCUUUAAGUUUCUGCCUGUGCUGAAGGAUUAUUUUCCAAUGAAGCAGCCCAAAUCUGUAUCAUGCCAGGGGGCCCUGGCACAAGUGCAAGGUUUAUUGGGACUCUAACAGGAAAGGCACAGAGAGCCACUGUGGUGCUUUCGAUUGGAAAACUAUUCCGGACCGGGAAAUCGACUCUUGAGAUUGUGUUUUCAGCCUGUUAGUGCAUGAGAGAGAUGGAAGCGCGGUCCUCCACCACCACGACUACCAUAGUCGAGACUAAGAAUGACCUGAGCGCACAUCCCACACGUUCGUCCAAACGAACCUUAACUGAUGACCUGUACACCACAUUCAACUCCCCAAUGGCCUGGAUCCUCGUGCUGGCUCUCAUCGUAACCUGGUCGGCUGUGGCGGUCAUUAUGUUUGACCUGCUCGACAGCAAGGGUCUUGAAGCCCAUACAUUAUACUGUGACGACCCCUGUUUACCACCUGGACCUCAGCCACACCGUGUCAGGAAAACAUUAAAGGAAGCAGGCAGCCUUAGAGGGGGUAUUCAGCACAUCAGCUCUGAUCCCAUGAAGGCGGUGAACGAAGCCAUGGAGGGGGACUCUACCGAUUGGAUAACAUCAAUCUUGACUUUUAUGACUAAUUUGGUAGCACCGGAAGAGGAGGAGGAGGAAGGUGAGCGUCAUUUUGUGAGGAAAAAAGGAGAAUUCUUGCCACCGAGGAAAAAAGUUGCAGAGAUACGGGCCAAGGAGAUGUUAGAAGAGGAAGGGGAGUAUGAGGAGGAAGAGGAAGAGGACGAGGAGGAGGAAGAUGAGGGGCUUGCUGAAGAAGAGGAGGAGGAAGAAGAUGAAGAGUAUGAGGACGAAGAAGAAGAAGAUGGUGAUGAGAUCGAGGAGGAGGAGGAAGAAGAGGAUGAAGAAGAAGAAGAGGAGGAGGAGGAAGAAGAAGAAGAGAAGGAAUUAGCAGAGGAAGCUGUGGAGGAGGAGGGAAAAGAAGAGGAGCCUGAAGAAAAGGAGGAAGAGGAAGCUGAUGCUGAGGAAGAAGCAGAAGAUGAAGAGGAGGAAGCAGCAGCAGAAGAAGCUAUGGAAAAAGGUAAGGAGGAAGAGGAAGCUGCUGCUGCUGCUGCUCCUGCUGUCGAAAAGGAAGAUAUUUCUAUCCCUGCUGAACCUGAUGAGGAGAAAGAAGAACAAGAACAAGUCACUUCUAAAGAAGCUGAGGCAGCUGAUGAGGAGGAGGAGGAGGACAAAAUUGAUGUAGAUAAAGAACCACCUGAGGAAGAGGAUGGAAAAGAAGAUACUCCUGCUGAUGAUAAAGAGAAAAAAGAAGUAGAUGACCAAAAAGACGACCAAAGUGAGGAGAAAGAUGAUGACGAUGAGGUCGAAGAGGCUGAUAUCGCCAUUGCUCUUGGUAUUAUAGUUGAUGCUACAGACACUGAUGUUGAAGCGCAAGAAACUGGUGAGGAGCCUAUACUUAUUAAAGCUGAUGGUGAUUCAGAGCUAUUAACAACCAUAGAGGAGAGUGUUGCUAAAGCUGAUGAUGCAGUAACUGAUUUAGCUGACUCACAAGAUGGCUUAGCUGCUACUGAUAUCCCAUAUGAUGACCAUGAUGAUAAGAUAGCAAAAGAGCUAGAUCAUGGUGAGGUUACAGAAGACAGUCUUAAAGAUGAGACUGGUGCUGCACUGAAAGACGCUGACUCUGAAAAAGUUAUAACAAGUGAGGGUGAGGGUGUUAUUGAGGAGCCUGAGCUAGCUGAUGAUGUUGCAGAUAAAGAGGAGCAGGAGGAAGAGGGAAAAGAGGAACAGAUAAGGGUUGAGGAUGAGGAAGAUGAUGAUGAUGAUAUUAUAGUAACAACACCUGUAGUUAGUUCCGAACCAGGUGGAGAUGAGACAACAGUGGUGGCUGAUGAAGAUGAUGGCUCUUCACCUGAGAAAGACAUAACAACCCUGAAAGAAGAGGAGAAAGAUCAAAAGGAUGAAAGUGCAGAGGAAGUGGAAACUGCCAAAAAAGCACCAGAACCAGAACCGAUCCCUAAAGCUGAGGAAGUGAAAGAAAAAGAAGCAGAGAAACCUGUGGCAGAGGCUGAAAAAGAAGACAAACAAAAAGAGCCCUCUACCUGUCCUUGUAUGCAUUCAGUAGUACAUAAAGAGCCUCAAAAAGCCCAAGACACUAAACAAAAGGAAGAAAAAGCUGAACCAGAUAAAGCAAAGAAAAGAGCUAAAAGAGUCACCCUUGAGCACAAGAAAGCAGAGACUAAGAGAAGGGAACCCCUGCUUAAACAAAGAAAAGAAAAAGAGGCUCCAAUAAGAACAAGACUAGAGAAAGCAAAGAAAGAUCCAAAAGCAAAGGCAGCAGCUGUCAACAUACCCAAAACGAGAAAAUCUCGAGCCUCAGAGGACAUGGAAGUGUCAGCUGCUCCAGCUCCGAUACAGGAUCUUCCUAUGUGCCGACCAACACCUGUGUACUGCCCAGCGCCACCUGGCUGGUAUGUGCAUCAUAUAGUUACAAGUAGCCCAUUACCACCAUCGGCUAUUCCAGAAUCAGAAGUUCCGAUUUUAACAACUCAUCAAGCUCCUACUGUACUGAAAGAACCAGAAGCUGCUAAGGCAAAGCCAAAACAAGCCACUAAAAAGAAAGAACCAGCUGCACCAAAAGAAAAAGCCAAAGCAGCUCCUGUGAAGAAGGAGCCCACAGUUACUAAAGCCAAAGUAAAACCUUCAGUGGCAAAGAAAGGGCUGAUCGCUGUGAAAGAGAGGUCUAAAAGGACAGAGCGAGUGAUCACUAAAGAAAAGGCAAAACCUACCUCUACUAAGAAAGAGCCAGCAGUAGCAAAGAAGGCAAAAGUAACAACAACAACCUCACAUAAAGAAGAGAAAGCUGUAAAGGCAGUGAAGCCCAAAGCAGAGGGAAAACCUGUUCCAGCAGAAGAAACCAAAGAAAAAGCAGCUGAGACACCAGCACCAGCAAAAGACCUGAAAGCAGAGGAAAAUGUCACAGAAGGCAAAAAGCCAGGCAAGAUACCGUACUUCCAGUGUGUUUUAAUGAGUUCAAAAUCCAGCCAGUAUCCACUGCGGCCCAUGUCCCCUGCUAUAAGUCCAGCUAUUAACCCCACCAUGAUGAGAGCCAUGAUGGAGCAGAGGGCCGCAUUACUGCAGAAGAAAGCCCGCGCAGCUGGCCAGUAACUGGAUGACAGACCCCGUCCAGCCCUGGCAGGUGCAACUGCUUAUGAACUGCUGUAAAAAACACAGUGCUGCUGGGCUCUCAAGAGCCAUCCUCCUAAACCAUCAGAAACUUUAACAAAUAAUGAGUGGAGGUCCCUGGUUUCUCAAUGGACGCUCCCCAUUCUUUCAUAAGUGAUUUUUGAAUCUGACCAGUUUCACAAUUUUGACAAAAAAGAGAUAUAAAUCAAUUAUAAUGUACAUUUUGAAAUAUAUUUAAUGCAUAAACACCUUCCAAAGAAAUAUUGUGUUACUGGGUAGAUUUACGUUUUUUAUUUAUUUGAGAUCUUAAAUCAUCUGUUUACAUUUUUUGCAGGGAAGAUUCUGAUGUUUUUUUCUUUUCUUAUUGUACAUAAAACUACUCAGUGGUGAAGCAAAUUUAAAACUGGUUAAAUAAUUUAAGUGCUGCUCUAAAUAUUCAGAUAUUUAUUUUUCUAUGUCAGAGUAUAUGAUCCCAUUACGGAAAGAAAUUUAACAGCACACACUCACUUAGGGCCUUAUCUUUUGGCCCAGGCCAUUUCCUUUGACUCACUGCUAAUAAGAUUAUGUCUAGUGUGUCUGGGUUCUAGCAGGGUCUGCGAUCUCUCUGCAUUUGUAUGCAUGGCCAUUAGAAAACAGGAGGACGCCAUUUGGACCGAAUCCGAUUUCUAUCUUAACCAAUGAAAAGAGCUUACAUGCUUAUAGAAUUGAAAGAGACAUUAAGAAAUGAAGGCACACAAAAGCCUACAGCCUCUAAAUAACGAAAGGCUUUCAUUUGAUUUGACUUGACUGAGACUUUUCUUCAGUAUCUCUUUAGUUAAUUGAAACCCCUUAUUGGAGGUUAUUAGAUUUAUGGUAGUGAAUUGAAUAGUGUAUGAAUAUGUAAAAUCAAAUUUUUCAAGUAGUAAUAGUGCUACUUGUGUAAAGUAUACACCGUGCCAUAGUUUUCUCUGUUUUCCUAGAUCAGCGGUCUUCAGCCUUUUUCAAACCAAACCGUUUGCAGAUACACGCAUUAUAGCUGCCACUUGAGGCCUGGCCUAAAAUAUAACACAAAUAGCACCAUGUUAAUGUAUUUAUCAUACAUAUGAAGUAAUUAUUACACAGCCCUGUGUCUUGGAAGUGUGCUGAUUUGCAAAAAGGGCAUAAUAUUACUGAAUUUGAUGAUGCUGAGUUCAUUUUCCUUCAUGUACAGUUUUUACAGAUUUAAUGUAUUUAUCAAAAUAACAAAAGCAGUCAAAUGACAAAAAAAGUAUAAUAAAUAAGAUUUUUCUCACAAAAUAUGUAUUUUUCUGACACUGUUUGGAUGUAGUAAAGCACCAAUAGAUGUAGCUGAAAGCAUCUGGUCAUUUUUGCAUUUUCUUCUGUCACUGGCCAUAAUUCUAAACUUGAAAUCAAGAUUAGGCAUAAAAUAAUGUCUUCAGAAUCAUUCAUAGAUGUAAAAAAAAACUGGCUGAGAAUUUAAUAAAUAGCUGCAAUCUGGAAUCAUGUCUUUGUGGCAGUUUUUAAGUUUAUUUUUACAAGACUUAAAGACUUCUUCACCCUAGGAAUGGUUGUUGAAAGCAAACAUUCUAUGAAAUUCAUCAUAUUUUGUAAAAAAAAAAAAAAAAAAAGUGCUAAAUCAAACAGGCACUAUUUUUGAUCAGCACCCCAAAAUUAGUAAGAAACAAGUAUCGUAUUUCAUUCAGAAAAUAUGAUGCAGGGUGAUGUAAUAUAAUGCUCUUAAAAAUUAUUUAUAGUCAUUAUUUAUAUACAGAGUCAUUUUCUUGUACAUUAUUUUAAAUUUGCUUAAUAUUUUAAUGUGAGUGGGACAAUGAAAUAUUUAUCUUGAUUUUGUUUACUAAUUGGCAGACCCCUUCCAGUCCCACUGUUGAAGACCCCUGGCCUAGACAGUCAUCAAACUAUGUGUAUUUACUGUAAAAUACAGCCAUAGAAUAAAACAGAUGUACGUGUGUAAUAUUUGACUCUACUUUGACCAACAGUGAUUUUCAAGAUGGUGAUCUGUGGUCACUGUCCUUUCUUGUUCCUGUAACAUAUUGCACUGUUCAGUGCAAAUAUUGCGGGUAUGACAAUUUAAACCAGAAAUACUUUGUCUUAUUCAAGAACACACUGAUCUUUAUUUUCAGUAACUUGAGGAUCAGAAUGACCUAUAUGUCCUUGAAUGUAUUCUCAUAAUCCACUGCAGGGGAAAAAAUUCAAAAUGACAAGAACAAGAGUGAACAGCCGGCUGCAUUUUAAGUGCCGCUGUGCAUACGGGCUACAGAUGGUUAUAGAAAGACUGUAUAAUGUUUAUACUGUAGUGACUGCAGCAGAAGGCUGUUUCUCUUUAAUCAGGACAUAGUGAGACAGUUAGCUGUAUUGGCUUGACUUUGAACAGAGAAGUAGGCCAGAGAAAUAAUCUCACUUUGAAGUUACAACAAGCAGCUUCCUGCACAGAGCUGAGAGGACGUCAUCUGUACUGUGGAUAUUCCUAUAUGAAUGAACAAUACAAAUAUCAAUGACACUGUCUGAAACAUGCAUAAAAUAGACAAUGUUUGUCUGACUUUGAGAAAAAUCACUGUCAGUUUACAGCGAGAAUGCAAUGUUUACGAGGUGGAACCUCAACUGUUGAUUCUCAGAAGGCUUUGCGCUCUAUAGAUGUAUAAAAUUCAUGUUUAGGGCUUAAAACGUUAUAUUAAAUGAAGAGGUGACAGAAGUUGUUCUUACAGGUUUUUUUUGUUUGCUAUUCGCAUGACCCCUGAGAACACUGAAAAUGUCUGUUUCUGAUGUGCUAAAUUAGCUUGUAACACUGAAUUUCAAUUGAGGCUGCUAAAUGAUCUUUCUUUCAUAAGACUUGCACUGAUGGCGUGAGAUUAAAAACCUAGAACUUGUCACCCUUGUUAAAGCUUGUUUAGCUUAUAAAAGAACAGAUCGGUUUUUCUUUCACAAAGUAGACAACGGGGAUUUUGUGGUUUGAUUUAGAAGUUUAAUGUCAGAUUGUGCCAUAAUUUGUCAUCACAUCACAAAGACCUAAUUAGCAGUUUUAAAUAUGUCAAACUGUCAUGUUCUUAUGAAUGUUGAAUAAGACCUGUCAGUAGAACCAAAGAAAAUUUUGACUAGUGUUGUUGUUUUUUCUUUUAUUCACUUCUUGUUAGAUUUUAUCUUGGAGUGGGCAAAAUUCUGGUAAUAAAGUAAUCGCUUUGUGCAAACU